CGCGGGGUGCGAGGGGCGGGUGCUGGUGGCGCCGUGGGAGUCCCCGCCGGAAGCGCUUGUCGCCGGGGUGAUGUCGGCCCAGGGCGACUGUGAGUUCCUGGUGCAGCGAGCCCGAGAGCUGGUGCCCCAGGACCUGUGGGCAGCCAAGGCAUGGCUUAUCACGGCCCGCAGCCUCUACCCGGCCGACUUCAACAUCCAGUAUGAGAUGUACACCAUCGAGCGGAAUGCAGAGAGGACUGCCACUGCGGGGAGGUUGCUGUAUGACAUGUUUGUGAAUUUCCCAGAACAGCCGGUGGUGUGGAGAGAAAUCAGUAUCAUAACAUCAGCACUGAGGAAUGAUUCGCAGGAUACGCAAACCCAGUUUUUAAGGAGCUUGUUUGAAACUCUUCCGGGUCGGGUCCAGUGUGAAAUGUUGCUAAAGGUGACAGAGCAAUGCUUCAACACAUUGGAACGGUCAGAGAUGCUGCUGCUGCUUCUGAGGCGCUUCCCUGAGACCGUGGUGCAGCAUGGGGUUGGCCUUGGGGAGGCACUGCUAGAAGCUGAGACCAUUGAAGAGCAGGAGUCUCCCGUUAAUUGCUUUCGAAAGCUAUUUGUUUGUGAUGUCCUUCCUCUAAUAAUUAACAACCAUGAUGUUCGAUUGCCUGCCAAUUUGUUAUAUAAAUACUUGAACAAAGCGGCCGAAUUCUACAUCAACUAUGUCACUCGGUCCACACAGCUGGAAAAUCCGCAUCAAGGUGCACAGGAUACAUCUGAUUUAAUGUCGCCUAGCAAACGUAACUCUCAGAAGUACAUAAUAGAAGGCCUGACCGAGAAGUCAUCCCAGAUUGUAGACCCUUGGGAGAGGUUGUUUAAGAUUCUGAAUGUGGUUGGCAUGAGAUGCGAAUGGCAGACGGAUAAAGGGAGACGGAGCUGCAGCGACAUCCUGCACCGGAUGAAGGAGCUCUGCAGGUACAUGAACAGCUUCGACAGCGAGGCUCAUGCCAACUAUAAGAACCAAGUGCUCUACUCCACGAUGCUGGUCUUCUUCAAGAGUGCAUUCCAGUACAUUAGCAGCAUCCAGCCAUCUCUCUUCCAAGGUCCUAACGCCCCAAGCCAGGUUCCCCUAGUUCUCCUGGAAGAUGUGGCCAAUGUGUAUGGUGAUGUCGAAAUUGAUCGCAGUAAACACAUACACAAGAAGAGGAAGCUAGCUGAGGGAAGAGAAAAAACCAUGAGUUCAGAUGAUGAAGAAUGUUCCGCAAAAGGAAGAAACCGGCAUAUUGUUGUCAGCAAAGCAGAGCUCAGCAACUCCAUCGAAGUGCUGGAGAGCUUCAAACUGGCCAGGGAGAGCUGGGAGUUGCUCCAUUCCCUGGAAUUCCUUGACAAAGAAUUUACAAGAAUUUGUUUGGCGUGGAAGACUGACACCUGGCUGUGGCUGAGAAUCUUCCUCACAGAUAUGAUCAUCUACCAGGGUCAAUAUAAGAAGGCAAUAGCCAGUCUGCAUCACUUAGCAGCUCUCCAAGGAUCCCUUUCUCAGCCGCAGAUCACAGGACAGGGGACUUUAGAACACCAGAGGGCACUCAUCCAGCUGGCCACCUGUCACUUUGCACUGGGGGAGUAUAGAAUGACAUGUGAGAAGGUCCUGGACCUGAUGUGCUACAUGGUGCUACCCAUACAGGAUGGAGGGAAAUCACAGGACGAGCCCUCCAAAGUAAAGCCCAAGUUUAGAAAAGGUUUGGAUCUGAAGCUGCUGCCAUGUACCAGUAAGGCUAUUAUGCCCUACUGCCUGCACUUGAUGCUAGCGUGCUUUAAGCUGAGAGCUUUUACAGACAACAGAGAUGACAUGGCGCUGGGCCAUGUGAUUGUACUGCUCCAGCAGGAGUGGCCACGGGGAGAGAACCUCUUCCUGAAAGCCAUCAGUAAGAUCUGCCAGCAGGGGAAUUUCCAGUAUGAGAACUUCUUCAGCUAUGUUACCAACAUUGACAUGCUGGAGGAAUUUGCUUAUUUAAGGACCCAGGAAGGAGGGAAGAUUCAUCUGGAGUUACUCCCAAAUCAAGGAAUGCUGAUCAACCAUUGCAGACCUUUUGGGUGGUCCCUCCAGAUGAGUGGCAGAGAUGUUGUGAGCAGUGUACCUCUCCUCCCCUUGGGGCCUUCUAGCCCUCCCAUGGGGUUACUGCAGCAGGAAUUCUUACCUGUGCUUCAGCCCAGCAUACAGACUGCUGACAGGCACCACACGGUCACUCGAGGCAUCACCAAAGGCGUCAAGGAGGACUUCCGCCUGGCCAUGGAGCGCCAGGUCUCCCGCUGCGGUGAGAACCUGAUGGUGGUCCUACACCGCUUCUGCAUUAAUGAGAAGAUCUUGCUCCUUCAGACCCUGACCUGACAGACCUUUGGCCGCCCUCUGCUCAGCUGUGACCAGUCUGCCUGACCAGGACUGAUAAGAAGCAGACACCGAGUUCUAACUCCCUUGGUUGCAAAAAAGUCGGUCCCAAGAGUGUGGGAAGUUUUUUCUAUUUUUAAAAGUUUAGGUUUUUUGAUUUGUAUAAAACAAGAGUCAAUCCAUUUUGUAAAUAAAAGUCCUAAAAUUUGA